CACAGGCAGUAGACAGGCUGCCCUGCUGCAAUGUCACCAUAGUCACCGCCGCAGCAGGCUGCCGGCACCUGCUACCGCCACAGGGGACACAGGGGCUUCAGCCCGGCAAAGACCCCAGGGCCACUGAGCACUACGUGACGGGGGACGUGGCCAGCCAGAUGGGCAGCACCAUGGAGCCCCCUGGGGGUGCGUAUCUGCACUUGGGCGCCGUGACGUCCCCGGUGGGCACAGCCCGCAUGCUGCAGCUGGCCUUUGGCUGCACCACCCUCAGCCUGGUGGCCCACCGGGGAGGCUUUGCAGGCGUCCAGGGCACCUUCUGCAUGGCUGCCUGGGGCUUCUGCUUCGCUCUCUCUGUCCUGGUGGUGGCCUGCGAGUUCACGCGGCUCCAUGGCUGCCUGCGCCUCUCCUGGGGCAACUUCACGGCGGCCUUCGCGAUGCUGGCCACUCUGCUAUGCGCCACGGCUGCUGUCAUCUACCCGCUGUACUUUACCCGGCUGGAGUGCCCGCCCGGGCCCGCAGGCUGCGCUGUCAGGAACUUCCGCCUGGUGGCCAGCGUCUUUGCCGGGCUCCUCUUCCUGGUCUACGCCACCGAGGUGGUCCUGACACGGGCUCGGCCUGGCCAGGUGACCAGCUACAUGGCCACUGUGUCGGGGCUCCUGAAGAUUGUUCAGGCUUUUGUCGCCUGCAUCAUCUUUGGGGCGCUGGUCCACGACAGCCGCUACGGGCGCUACGUGGCCACCCAGUGGUGCGUGGCUAUCUACAGCCUGUGCUUCCUGGCCACGGUGGCCGUGAUAGCCCUGAGUGUGAUGGGUAUCACAGGGGGCCUGGGCUGCCCCUUCGACCGCGUGGUGGUCGUGUACACCUUCCUGGCUGUGCUGCUGUACCUCAGCGCUGCUGUGAUCUGGCCCAUCUUCUGUUUUGACCCCAAGUACGGCGAGCCUGGACGGCCCCCUGACUGCCCUCAGGGCAGCUGCCCGUGGGACAGCCAGCUGGUGGUGGCCAUCUUCACCUACGUCAACCUGCUUCUCUAUGUCAUCGAUCUUGCCUACUCCCAGAAGAUCCACUUCGUGCCCACCCUGUAGCCUAGCAGGCAGCAGCCGCUCACCUCCGUGCUCUGGCCGGGGUUCAAGGCACCCUGAGGGUGACCCAGGUGAACCAAGACCUCAGGGAGCAAGCAGGAGGGAAGCCAAGGGCUCAGGGCAGACAAAGUGCAACAGGGAGAGCUGCGCUUGGAAUUCUGGCAGAGCUCCACAGCUGGGCUCAGGGAGGGACACAGAAGGACAGAAGGACAGGAGGCCCCAAGCAGGGAGGCAGGGGGGAGCCUCCCCUCAGGCAGCUCCCAGGCCCUCAUCUACCUACCUGCCUGCCUACCUGCCUGCCUGCCUGUCUCCAUUUCCCAGCCCUCCCUAGGCUCAGUGCUGGUCACUGCAACACAUGAGAAACCUUCCAAGCAGGUGCUGGUGUGAGCCAUUUUGCAGACAAGGAUACUGAGCCCAGGAGGAUAUAAGAAGUGGCCGGUAUGUCCACCAGUGUCUGGAGACCACGCUCAGGCUGGAUAAAAUAUGCUGAAAAUGUGGGAAAAGUUGGAAACAAACCCAGGAAAGUGCCAGAGCUGGGUCAGCGGAGGAAGAUGGGGGCCAGAACCUCCUCUUGCCUCACAGGGGAAGUUCCUGGACCCCUGGAACGGAGAGCCCUGCAGGGACCUGUGCCAACUCCCAGACAAGGAACCGCAAAAUUGGAACCAGCUUCUCCUGCCUCUGGAGAGUCUCCGGGGAGUCUCUGAGUGGCCUUAGCCCCUGGAAGCAGAGCAAGGACUGGACCGAGAUCAUGCAGGGCUGCCCCCCAGCUCAGCAGGCUGGGGAUGGUGCAGGUGGCCUGGAAGGGCCCAAGAGUCUGCGGCAUCACCAAGAGCACAGUGUGCCAGGGAGGAGCUGGGCUCUGACCCAGUCACGGAGCCCCCACCUCGAAUCCCACCAUCAGCUGUGACACAGGAGGAGGGCCCGGCCCAGGGCAGCCACUGAGCACUGGACACCUCUGUCCAAGUGUCCACUUGCCCAGCCACUCCUGACCACCAGACCCUCAUUCUCCAUGCUCCAGCCAGCUUCUCCCACACAAGAGCCCAGACUGGACAGGCCUGGACCAAGCCGGGGGCCAGUGGCACAGCCCCUCAGCCCACAGACCGGCCCCCAAGGUCCUCGAGCAGACAAUAGAUAUCGGUGCUGACUGGCACCUUGGCUCUGGUUGAGCAGUCUCUGCUGAGGGGCUGCAGCCAGCUGUGCCCCCUGGGCCACACCUGCCAGCAUGCUCUGGGAGAGGGGCCUAGAUCCUGGCUGGGGGAGCAAGUGGCCCAGGGCAUGCCACUGGGGUGUGGAGACCUCACCUCUCAGGUGGAGGAUGGGCCAGGGUGGCUCAGAGAGUCCUAUGGGGAAAAGGGAGUUGAUGUUGAGCUGGUCCUCUUCCCUCCCAGAGGCACUCAACACUCACCACCACCCCCACACCCCUGCCUGGGUAUUUCCAGGGGUCCUAGCCAUGGUGGUGGGCAGAGGGGCUGCUGAACAUUCUGGCCUGUGAAACAGAGCAGCUUUUAGGCACAGGCUUCGAGGGCUCCCCAGCCUGGCCCUGUGCUGGCGCCAGGCAGAAUGUGAGACAAAUCGCCUCUGCAGACCCACUGGGGAGGGCACAGACAAACAAUCCAGCCCGAGGUCCUUUACUUGGACGGGUGGAUGUUUGGGGCUCAGUGACAAAUCCCUGAGGGGAGCAGGCAGCUGCUGGGCCUGAGGGUCCUGAUGGCCCCUGGUGGCUGAGAGGGGGUGGGAGCCUGAGGACCAGGUUACCAGGUGACAAAGGAGCAUAUGGGCUCACAGGGAGGCCUGGACACCAGUCUUGGGAGGGGCCCACCCUUUUUUCUCCAUCCUUUGCUGCCAAAAUUCUGCAACAAGUAAUCUGUCACCAACUCCCCUACUUCGCACCAUCCAGUGGCCUUCUGCCCCCAGUGCUCCACCCAACCUAAAUUUCACAGGUCCUGAGGGAGAGACAGAGGAGGGGACCAGGGCUGAAGAUGGGCGUGGCAGAAGGUACAUAGGAAGCUCACCUCCAGGUCUGUCCUUUGUCCUGUCCCUGGACCACAAGACUGUGCUUUUUUUUUUUUAAGGGGGAAUGUUAUUUGCUGUUAUUACUUGGAAAUAAGUAAUUUUUAAAGUAGGGAGUUUUGGUCUCAAACUGCAGUGGAACUCCUAGGCUUUGUGUCUGUGGGUUUGACCUGUCUAUUUCGGACAAGCACGUACUACGGCCCAUUCCUUGGAGGGUGAGUGACCAUCCAGGCGGUCACUAGUAUCCGUGGUGGUCAUUAUGUGUCAACAAGAGGGGAACCAAGUAUACAGGAGACCAGAACUCACAGCCCUGACUUUAGGCACAAACGUCCUAGGCAUCCUGAAAUUACGUCCCCAAACAGCUUGUCAUCAUCUAAGACGCAGGACAGAAGUAAAGCAGCUCAUCCUCUCCCCUUGGUGGGGGCAAGGGUCGUUGCUGGUUCCAGGGCUCGGAAGCCCUGCCCUUGGUGUUGCCAGCACCGUGUUCUGACCCAGUGAGCCAACCGGCCAGCCCAAUGGUGAGCACUUCUUACUUUGUCCUUAAUCUGGCAGCUGAUGGGGACUCUGGACCACGCGCAGCCAAGUGCAGCCCUGAGCAUGUCCUCAGGGGGAAAUGACUAAAACCCAGGACCAAAAAAUCCCACAGACUCUGCAGAGGAGAUGUCAGGGAAUUCGGGGGUAUUCUGGGCCCCAUGGGAGCUGGGAGGUCCCUAUGGGAUCCUCCUCUAUUGACUAGAGGACGGCCACUAUGCACCUGCUCAGGGGGGUUUCAGCCGGUAACGGGCCUGUGGGGCAGAGGCACGCAGCUCUCAAAGGGAGAAGAAAACCACGAGGCGGGGAGGAAGGGGGUCCAGAUCUGGGAGGAGAGGGGGUGUGUGAACUCACCUAGACUUUGCAGGGGCCUCCCGAUUUCGAGAUUCUAAAUGAGAGUCCUGCCCGGGCCUUCUGAGGCCCAGAUAGGCCUGGGCCAUCUCCAGUCUUCCAGCCUCCUGUGCAGUAAAUAAACUUUUGUUUCUCUCUG